AUGACUUUUCACAUGUGUGUGCGCUCCAACCCAAUGUUACGGCAAACAAAUCUGGCUGUUUGGCGAGCAUGGAGGUCAUGGAAGUUAAGCCUGCACUCUUCUACAGUUUGUGCAUCUUCUGGUCCUGGUCCUGGACCUGGUCCUGGUCCCCUGGAUGGAUCUGAAGAACUGUCUUCUGUAUCAGCCGAUAAGCCUCCUCACACGCCUGUGAUGCUUAAAGAGGUGCUAUAUUACUUAGACAUCAAGCGUGGUCAGGUGGUCCUGGACAUGACAUUUGGAGGUGGCGGUCAUACCAAAGCAAUACUGAAUAUGGUUCCUGAAGUCACAGUCCUGGCCUUAGACCGAGAUCCUACAGCCAUUUCUCUGGCACAGCAGUUAGCCAAGGAAUACUCUGGCCGCGUGAAACCAUUGCUUGGCCGAUUCAGCGAGCUUGAAGCCCUGCUGUCUACCAUGAACAUUAAGCCAGGCAGCAUUGAUGCUGUCCUGUUGGAUGCUGGCUGCUCCUCCAUGCAGAUGGAUCAGGCAGAGAGAGGCUUCUCCCUUAGCAAGGAUGGGCCCCUGGAUAUGAGAAUGGAUGAAAAGAGGUACCCCGACAUGCCCUGCGCUGCUGACGUUGUGAAUACCUUAGAUCAACAAGCACUUGCAUCCAUCCUCACUGCAUAUGGGGAAGAAAGACAUGCCAGGAAAAUAGCUUCAACCAUUGUGGAGGCACGGCGUGUCAGCCCCAUCACCCGGACACAGCAGCUGGCCAGCGUGGUGGCAGGAUCGUUUCCUGCAGCUGUCGUCUAUGCACGUAAGGACCGCCUCCAUCGACCAGCGCACGUGGCCACUAAGACUUUCCAAGCUCUGCGCAUCUUUGUGAAUGAUGAGCUGAACGAACUACAUGCUGGGCUGCGUGCGGCCCGGGCGGCACUGACGCCUGGAGGACGUCUCUGCGUGAUCACCUUCCAUUCACUAGAAGACAGGCUGGUCAAACGUUUCCUCCAGGGAGAUGACUUGUCUAAUCUAGAUCAGUAUCACUUCAGCCCGAGAAAGCAAGGCACUGGGAAGGAAAAACUGGCGGACGAAAAAAGUGAUGGUGGAAGCGUUCAUUGGCUUCCUCUGCGAAGAAAAGUAAUCACCCCAGAAAAGUACGACGUAAAAGACAAUCCUCGAGGACGCUCUGCUAAACUAAGGGCGGCACUCCGACGUUAAUUAUGUGACGUCAGUUAUGAAAUAACAGAAAGUUUCUCUUUUUACCCAAACAUUUGAGCUGUUCCACAGCCAGAGUAACUAACAUACCUAAAGCAAGUUUGGCAAAGGGUGUUGAUGCAGUUACAUAAUAACUCUCCACUAUAUUUGUCUGAUGUGGAGGCUAUUUUUAUUUUUUCUAAAUAACUUGUUUCCUAGAACCCAAUUGGAGGGAAGCCAUUGAGGGUUGUCGUCCUUGACGCUGAAUCAGUGGUUGGUUUGGGCGCUGCACAUUGAAGAGGGAACUCUGGGUAAGAGGAAGAAUGAAUAUCCCACACAAUAUUCCCGCUGGUUGGAACUCUGGUUGGAUCUUCUAAACUUUGUCAUUAACAGGUGAAGUGUUUUUCACAAAUGUCAACAGUAGUUGGCAGUGACAAAGACUGUUGUGCAUAGAAAAUUGGACUUUCCAAAAUUGGAUCAAAAUGGGCAUCAAAAACAAACAAAUCAAGAGCAAAGUAACAAGUAAUCUAUACUCAAAGGUCUACUCACAAGCUUUCACUUACAUCUUAAUGUCAAUUCAAUGAGCAAAUAAAGUUGUUUCAUGUAAUAUUGCAUUGUUCCACAUUUAGUUCACACGAUGCCUGAUUCAGCUCUAUUCACUGAAUGAAGACGUGUAAGAUGUGGUUAAGAGCUCUGAAAGUAAUAGUAGUAGUAGUAAGCAGAACUUUGAUUGAAGAUUAGUUUUGUUCCCAAACGUCGAGAAUAAAUGUGCAAUUAUGAAUUAAAUGAAGAUACAAUAAUGAAUUAGAAAAAAGCUGAUUAUGUUUAAUUUAAUAUAUGUAUGCUUAAUUUUUGGCCAUCAUAAGAAAAACUUCUAAUUGAAUUAAGCGGUUUCCAUUUUAAAAUCACACUUCUGCUGGGCAGCAGUCUGUCUUUCACCUUGCCCCAGCACUGAUAAACCUGCCCAAACUCAAGCCCAUACAUUGUGUGAUUAAAAUUAGAAGUUAAACUCUUUAUAUCAUAUUAUAAGUAAAAAUAUGUGACCUUUGUGUUGUUUGCCUUUUAUAUUAUAUCUUUUUUACACCUCUAGUUUGAUACAGCACUGUUAUGAUCCUGUAAAAUAAUGUGUUUGAGGUUGAGUGAUGAAUUUAACCCUCUGGGGUGCAAGGGUGCUUUCAGACAAAUGAUUUUGGCAUGUUCUGAGGAUGUUUAACAACUCUUAAGAAGUAUUUUCAAAGUACCAUAAUUUUUUUUGUAUUCAGCACAAGUUCAGCUACAACAUCAAAGUAGAAUGUAUUUCUUGAUUGUAUCUUUGUUUUAAACUUGUUUUGGUGUGCUAUUUGCAUUGCCCAUGUUUGACUGCAUAUUCGGUGGUUAUUGCAGCAAUAUAUCUCAACAUGUAGUACAAAAAACACCUUUCUCAUUGACGUCUGUAUUUGCCCUGGACCCCGCUUUAUGAGUCGCUCAAGUAAAACUGUACUGUACCAUAUGAAUCAGUAAUGUCACUAAAUACUGAAGGAUUCAGUGCCAGAAGUAAAUGAGCUGGGGGGUUGUUCUUGGGCAUUCUUUUACCUUCAACUGUAAGCAGAUGAGUUGUUUUGAACUCUACUAUUUAGCUUUGAUUAAUUGUAAUUGCUCCAUCAAGAUUAUUAACACUUCUUUAGUCCAUCUCAGUUUACUGCACUCUAAAUAUACCCUUCUCGUUACCUUGGAAACUAAACAGCGCAAGUUACAUUUAACUGUGUCUAAAAUUAUAUGCUGUUAUAAUGUAAUAUGAAAUAAUGCCGUAUCGUUUGAAUACCCCUCCCUUUGGACAUCAGUGUAUGUGGAAUAUGUCGUGACAUUUCAUCCUUUGAAUACUCCUUGGUUUUAUAUCUGAAUCACACUUUUUACUAUUUAUGGUAAGAAAAUGUUACUCACGACUAGAUUUCACACUGAUGCGUUGAAGUGUUAAUAGAAAUAGAAAAGAAUAAAGCAACAUGGGAGAGAUGUCCAUUUUUUAAGUGAACAUAUUUACUGGAAAUGAGAUUUCUUCUGAAAUUGUUCCUAACAUUUUUAAGUGGUCUUUUGUAUUGUCUCCAUUUUACGUACUGUAGUAUUGAAGUACUGUAGGCAAAGUGGAACUCAACUGAUUAUACUCAGCAAAAUAUGUUGACAGGUCUCGGGGAGUAAUGAUACAUAUGUGAAUAAAGUUGUUGUUUGAAGACUUUCGUGUUUUCAGA